CCUGAGGUAGAAAAAGUUAAUGUGAGAGUCUGGAACCUGACAAGGAGCAAUGUGGAUGGGUUUAUGAAAGUCCAAGGGGGUAUGGAAGGAGAGCAGAGAGAGAGCUGACCCAAAGAGCGUGACAAACUGAGACGUUAAAAGCUUUAAACCAUAUGACAUAUAAAAGCAAAAGACUAACUUAAGAAUAAAAACUGAAAGAAAGAAAAAAAGACCACAUACAAAGAAACUGACUACCAUGAAGAAAAAGGAGGACGUGGUUGACAUGUUGCAAUGGACAGAGGAAGAGUUUGUACAAAAUUGCACCUAUAUUGUCAAUGACCAGCCCUGUGACUCUCACUCCAGCUCCUGCCUUCCCCAAGCUGAGUCCUCCAUACCCCGCAAUCUUACCUUCAAAUACAGCGAAACGAAUGAGGUAAUUGGAGUUUUCAGCAAAGAGUACAUCCCACAAAGAACUCGAUUUGGCCCUUUCAUUGGACAAAUUUAUACCAAAGACAAUGUUCCAAAGAAUGCCAACAGAAAGUACUUCUGGAGGAUCUAUUCAGGAGGGCAUUUUCAGCAUUUUAUAGACGGCUAUGACAUUCACAGGAGUAACUGGAUGCGCUAUGUGAACCCAGCACGCUCCCUUCAUGAACAAAACUUGGUGGCCUGUCAGAAUGGCAAAGAUGUCUAUUUUUACACCAUCAAGCCUGUGGAGCCCAGCAACGAGCUUCUUGUCUGGUACAACCAGGAGUUUCUGGAACGUCUCAAAAAUCCGUCUGUUGGGGAGCAGCUCACAACCAAAUUUAAGCACUCAGUGUUUGACGGCAGGGAUUUCACUUUAGAAGCCAUCAGACCAUGGUUACCUCAGAAACGCAAUUUCUCAAAUGGAGACCAAAAAUAUGAAGCUAAACAUACAAAGAUGGAGGAGGAAUCUAGAAAGGACGAGAAGAAGGAGGAGGAGGAGGAGGGAAGACAGGAGGAGGAAAAGAUUGAUGUUGAAAUGCUAGAACGAGAUACACCUCCUGUCACCCCUGAGAGCCAAGCAAUGGACUUUAGCACCAAGCUUUAUGCAGCUAAGAUGCUAACCAAACCCCAGGAUUCAGAGGAGUGCCCAAGGAAAAACCUUCAAUCUCUUUCACAAAGUCCAUUUUCAGACAGAACUGACCCAGAGUGUAAAACGAGUCCAAACCAAAGAGUGAAAACCCCAAAUAGCCAUGCGGACCUCGGCUUCUGUUCAUCAGAUCUGACUACCUCUACUAACAAAGAGCUGCCCUUGCACCUGCAUGGGCUCUACAGCACAGGAGAAGGACUCAUCUCAUAUCCAAUGUACUCUCCAACUAGGUCCCUCCAGCAGCCAUACAUGUACCCCUAUAGCACUCACCCAUCACAUUAUCCCCAAUUCCUGCUACCUCAGUAUGCCCCUACUUACCCUGGUGUUAACAGCUUGAACAAUAUGAGCAUGGUUUCCAGAGUGCCACACCUGUACAACAGCUUUGUAGGCAGUGAUGGUCUUCCUUACCCUUUGCUGCCACAGCAGAACCUGAUGGUCUCUUUGACUUAUCAGGAGGGCAGCCAGCAAAGCCAUUUAAACAAUCACAACAAGGAUGUCCUCAUCCCGGCCCCAACUAGUGCAUUUUCAAUCGCCACCCCAACAGGGGGUCUGAAAGAGAGACCACUCAACAGCUCACCUCCCCAGGGGGCCCCUGCAACUCCAGAGCAUUCUCCGCCACCGAAACCUACCUUUUCUGAUGCGGGUCACAAUGAAGCUAUUAACCUCAGCAAGCCAAAGAUGAACCAGGCUGCCUCUCACCUGGGCUACAGGUCAUUACCUUACCCUUUGAAAAAACAGAAUGGCAAGAUCAAGUACGAAUGUAACAUCUGCUUGAAGACCUUUGGGCAGCUUUCAAACUUGAAGGUUCACUUACGGGUACACAGUGGAGAGCGGCCGUUUCAGUGUCUUAUAUGCAAGAAGAGUUUCACUCAGCUAGCUCACCUACAGAAACACAAUCUGGUACACACCGGGGAGAAGCCACAUGAGUGCCAGGUUUGUCAUAAGCGCUUCAGCAGCACCAGCAACCUUAAAACACACUUGCGGUUGCAUUCUGGGGAGAAGCCGUACCAGUGUAAACUCUGCCCAUUCAAAUUCACCCAAUAUGUCCACCUCAAGCUGCACAAGCGACUGCACAACAGAGAUCGACCGUUCAAGUGUCAACUGUGCUCACAGUCCUUCAUCCACCAGGUCAGUCUGCAGCUCCACAUGAGGGGCUACUGUCCUUCCUCGGACAAUUCCAAUCAGACCUGCAGCAAACUAUGUCAUGUAAAUGAGCUCAUCGCCAAACUGGAUGCAAGUACCGACAGCGCCAUCAUGGAGGAAAAGACCACACUAGCAGAAUUGGAAAGGUGGAUCACAAGGAGUUUAGAAAAGAAGGAAAGAAAGGAGGACGAGACUGAAGAGACGUUCCUCAAGAUACAGUGUCAGCCACCGGCCUACCAGGAAAAAAACCCAACUACCGUCCUGAGGAUGUGCAGGCUACAGUCCUAUCUGCCUGUUACAGUUAAACAAGAAAAUUCAUAGCCAAAGGAUUUUAGAGAGGACUACCAUUGUGUUUUGUCCAAAUUCAUUGACUGAAGCUUCCUGGUAAGAAGAACUUUUCCUCAUUUCUUGGAUAGAACAGCAGGAUCUUAUCAGAAGUGACAAGUACAUCUUGGCAACUUAAAAACUAGUGAAAGACACUUAAAUGAACCAAAUGUUAAUAUAUAUAUAUAUAUAUAUACACAUAUGUGUGUGUGUGUGUGUGUGUGUGUGUGUGCAUGGGUGGGUGUGUGUGCUUGCGUGCAUAUGUGUGUUUACACCUAUUUAAAUGUUUGUGACUUUAGUGGUACCAAAAGAUGCAAGUGUCCCAAAGACUUUCUAAUCUCCAAAAAGUGGAUUUUGCACUCGUGCUCAAACCUGUCUUGCUUUAUUUUCUUAUGCUUUGCUAGCAUAACAUUGUAAAAUAAUAGAACUUUUAUUUUGUUUCUAGAAAUGAACUGUGAUAUUUUUGUGUAUGUGUGUGUUUGACUUAAUUUAUUGAUGAACAAAAGUCUACUUUUUUUCUAAUAUAUUGAAAACUUUUUUUUUUGUUAGUUUGGUAUUAAUAUGUAUUUUUGCCAGCUGUAGCAUUUUAAGGAUAACUGUUGAUAAAACUCAGGUCAGGCAUUAAGCAAAAUAAAAAAUAUAUAUGUAUAUAUUUGUUUUACAUUCAUUGUGAAAAGUCUGAACUUUACUGUCAAAAUAUUGGUUUGAGCCAAAUCACAGACGUCAGCAAAACAUUUCCUGUGUUCAUAUCAAGAAGUCCUUGUACGCUAGUAAAAUAGUAGUGAAAAUGAAAAGUCAAUUAAGCAAAACAAUUUUUUCCUACUCUUUUGAUCAAAACACACUGCAUUAGUAAAGAUUCUAGGGCAAAGUCUUAACAAAAUGAGUCAGGUAUAGUAUACGGGUGGCAUGGCGGUGCAGUGCCGCUUCACAACAUGGUGCACACCGGCUCCAUUCCAUGCCCAGCUCCAGGGGUGUGUGAUGUUUGCUCUUGUGACCCCAACCCGUUCAUUGGUGACUCUGCAUUGGCCAUGCCAGCGUAAGAGGUGUUGAUUGUUGCCUACACUCAACUCUCCAGCCUAUGAGAGCCCAUAUUAGAAUAAGGGUAUGUAAAACAUACACUAUAACUGGAUUGUAAUAUUCUUACAAUUGGUUUUAAGACCAAUAUACAUUUAGGGGAAUGUGUAUUUUUCUCAGGUACGUUUAUUAUUAAUGAUUAAAAAAACAACAACAAAAUGUAUCCAUGAGUGGCAUCAUUUUCCAUUUUCUACAGAGGACUUUAGGUAAGAAAUUUUCUAUAGAGAAUGUGGAAAAUGAGUGUUUGCAGUUAAGGUUGAACACCACCUACAAGAACAAGGGCAGAACACGGGGGCUUCAGCUCUGUAAUUCUUUGAGAUAAAAUGACAAGACAAGCUUGUCCUGCAUCACAAUGACACAAAGAUACAGAGAUGAAGCAGAAAGAUAAGAAGAAUAAUUCAAAAUACACCAACUCAAAUUCAUAAAUAUCUAAAGGGGGCGACCUCAGUCCCACUUUUGGUUUCCUCUCUCAAAAAUGAACACAUUCUGUUCCAUUCUGCUGCCUACUUUUAGGUGUUUUCUGAACUGUUUUUAUAUGUUUUUUUUUUUGUUUUUUUUAAUAUCACCAGAUUUGAUGGAAACCAUUUUCUGUUGGUUUCACCAACUUGUUUCCUUAACCGGUUACAUUUAUAAAAAGGUUUAAUGUAUGCAUUAUCGGCUGGGUGAGUUUGCUUUCAAGAAGCUUGUUUGCAGUAUGUGGAUCACACAAUCAGUCACCACACAUUAUUGUUGUCGGAUAGACAGCAUGGUUUACAAUUCCAGGAUUUUCUAGAAUGAAGGCUGCCAGGGUACCUCUGCGGAUUAGCCGAUCCUCCUCUGUGCGUCCUCCUUCUUAAGGAGAUUUGACACUUUUUUCCAAAAGAUGCAUUUACAGCUUUUUUCCUUAAUCGAAAUAAUAAAACACAAGUAAACGCAGACACCAAAUUCAUUUUCAGUUUACUGUCCCUUUCUGCACCAAACUAAAAUUUCGGAAUAAAACAAAUGAUCAGAUCUGUGUGUGGUGCAGCUUGUCAUCAGAAGUGCAGAGAAGUGUAAAGCCGCUCAACUCAGCAGACCGUUGUAGGGGCAACUAGGCAUCUUCUUCUGUUCUCCAGCUGCUAUAAUUAAAUCUCAGGGAUGUUAGUUACAUUUUUAUUUAUUUAUUAUUUUUAUUUCUGUCAGAAUGCAAGUUAAAUGAUGCAAGUUUUUUUUUUUCCAUUAAAUCUGAUUUUCUUCCAGUGUAUUUGUUUUUUCGGUACAACAGAUAAGGUAAAGACCUGGGCCUUUAGGCUUUACGCAUUUCUUGGAAAUUACCAAAAACACAGAGUGUGAAAAGAUCAGUUAUAAAAAUAUGUUAGUUUGUUGUUUUUGUUUUUUUUUUAGAGAUUGGCACCAAAGCUUCUCUUAUUAUUUCAUUUUUUUCUGUUGAUGUUUUUCUUUUACUCUAAGUAGUCAUUCACUUUUGUUUAGAAUAACCUGCUAGGGGAUUAUGUGAUGUUUACAUGCUGGCUAAACUUUAUGUGCAAAAAAUGAUUUCAAUACAUUUUUAUAAAAUAUGUAGCAGAAUAAUGAAAAUAAUAAAACAACUUCUUUACUAAAACA